CAUGUUCUGAACGUCUUGAAAAGGGUUCUGGAUGGGUUCUAAUCAAAACGGAACGCGCCCAGACCGAAUCAGACGAAACCCCUCUGCCAGGUUUCCUCGCUGGCCGGGAUCGUUCGCCGGAGCGCCCCUUCUUCCCGCGACCCAAAAGCGUCCCCGCUGUACGGACAAGGAGCAGCGAGAGCCCUAGAAGCAUUGUAGUGGAGGGAUGGCGGCACUCUGGCGGGCAAGCCGUCGCCUACCUCUGGCAGCUUCUCUGAGUCGACUGAGUGCUCCCCAGCUCGUUGCCAACUCUGGUGGCGCUUCUCUUCGUGCUCUUUGCGCUGCGGAGCCGCCAUUCUCGCGAAUUCUGGUUCGUGGCUACCGAAGCGGCAGGAACCGGGACGAUCCCGGUAUCAGAUAUGAACUUGCGACACCAACAAAUUGGGGCAUCCGUAUUGUCCCCGAGAAGAAGGCUUUUGUGAUUGAAAGAUUUGGGAAGUACGUGAAGACCCUUGAUGCUGGCAUUCACAUCUUGAUACCUUUGGUCGACCGCAUAGCCUAUGUGCAUUCUCUAAAGGAGGAAGCUAUACCUAUCCCAGAUCAAUCUGCUAUCACAAAAGAUAAUGUCAGUAUAUUGAUUGAUGGUGUGCUCUAUGUGAAGAUAGUCGAUCCAUUCCUAGCAUCAUAUGGCGUCGAGAAUCCCAUUUUUGCUAUUAUUCAGCUUGCACAAACAACAAUGCGUAGUGAGCUGGGAAAAAUUACCUUGGACAAGACUUUUGAGGAAAGGGAUACAUUGAAUGAGAACAUAGUGAAAUCAAUCAGUGAAGCUGCCACAGCAUGGGGUCUGAAGUGUCUGCGAUAUGAGAUACGGGAUAUAUCUCCUCCACCUGGGGUGAAGGCUGCUAUGGAGAUGCAAGCUGAAGCUGAACGAAGGAAGCGAGCUCAAGUGCUAGAGUCUGAAGGAGAGAGGCAGGCUAAUAUCAACAUAGCCGAUGGAAAAAAGAAUGCUGUCAUUUUGGAAUCUGAAGCUGCAAUGACGGAUCAAGUGAACAGAGCUAAAGGAGAAGCUGAAGCUAUAAUUGCUAAAGCUCAAGCCACUGCAGAAGGGAUCUCGGUGGUGACAGAGUCAAUCAAAGCAAGUGGAGGAGUAGAGGCAGCUAGUUUGAGGAUUGCAGAGCAGUAUAUACAUGCAUUCGGCAAAAUUGCUAAGGAGGGUACAACUCUAUUACUUCCUAGUAGUACUGCAAAUCCUGCAAGCAUGAUGGCUCAGGCUUUGUCGAUAUAUAAAAGUCUCAUCGGGAAUGGUCUAAGGUACACCGAUCAGAGCGCUUCCUCUGGUUCAACUGUUGAAAGAAAAGAUGAGGUGUCCUCUAAACCUAGUGGUGAGAGCCUUGAAUCUGAUUCCGGCACUGCAUCCUCCAAUACCUUCCCUGGUGAUGCAGUCUUCACACUACAAAGCCACAAGAAAGAUAGUAACCAAUGGUAACCGUUGACUUUGGUUGAGCUGCAAUUUUGUUGAAACUUUAAUUUAACGAGGUGACAUUUUUUUGUGACAUCAAGUCUUCGGAAUGCCGAUGUUUUUUUUUUCCUCUCCCUGUUCUGUCUGUUCUUGACUUUCCAAUUAUGAUGUUCAUUGUACCAAAUCUAGAUUUCUGCAUUCUAUCAUAAAUGAUGGAUGAUAUAUCCAGAUGAAUCCAAAAUGGAAAACUUCAAGUAUCUUAA